AUGGUCUAUGAAAACUCCCAUGUCCUUGAAGUCACCAAGUCAAUGUACAAGUACCCAUGGCUGGAUCACAGAGACAGGGCCAAAGAACACAGAAGAGCCACCGCCAUCGUUCACCUGCCCUUAUCCUGCUACCAGAUGCCGAAGGAGGAGUACCCCCCAAGUCCCGAGGUCUGGCGGCAGCACCAGAGCAGGCUGCAUGCAGUGCCUUACUGCUACUCCCAGAAACCAGAGAUCUACUCCCACUGGCACACUUUCUAUGACCCGAAGAGGGAGCGGGAGAGCCCGAAGAUCUUGUUUCGGAAAAUGCAGGAUCAGGAAAGGGGUCUCAGAGAGAUGCCUGAAUUCCAAAAACUUCAUGUCCCCCUGACCAAACUCCUGCCCAACUCUCAGGUGGGAUCCAGGCCCUCAAGGUCUACCUUGUCCGCCUUGAAGUGUCAACGAUUAAAGGAGCUCACGCAGAGUCUGAAGUCUCCCCGAGAAGAAGAGCAGCUCUAUGCCGCUCAGGCUCUGGGGUGCCUGGGCAUCAGUGACAAAGUGAUCAUGGAGGCGCUAUGGGCGGUGGCCAAAACUGGUGCAGAGAAAGUGAAGUUCGAGGCCUGUCGAACCCUGGCCCUCCUGGGCUGCCUGAACAAGUACGUGAUCCAGGUCCUCAUGCACCAGUUGAAGGGGCAAAAUGAAGACCUCAGAAUGGAGACGCUGUUGGGCCUACGCAUCGCUCUGAACAACUGGGUAGCUGUCCCUAAAGACAAGAGGACUCCUGUGGGGGAUGAAGGGAAGCUGGUGUGUCUGCUGCAGAUGCUGAUGAGAAGGUUGCCCACCGAUGCAGCUCUGGAAGCAGCCCUGUCCUUGGGUUUCCUGAGGCCCUGCAACACGGAAGUCCAGGAGUUCCUGCUCCGGUGCCUGGGCCAAGGACCUAAGACCCAGCGGAUGAAGGCCCUGACGAUGUUGGUCAGGAAGCUGCGUGUGCACUCAGCCGAAGUCAUCAGGGCCAUCCUGGAGCAGCUGUGUUCUUCCAGCGUCCUGGAGCACCGCAUGGAAGCCACCAAGAUGCUCAGGAUGAUUGGGCUGGAAAAGAUCCAGGCACAGGGGCUGCAAAGACUCACAUUCGACCUGCUCAGGAAGAAGAUAUAUAAUGAACCCUUCCUGGCAAUGAGGCAGACUGUGGCCGAGACAGCAGAGCAGCUCAAGAUGAAGCCUAUGAUGAUGAACUUGGUGGAGGAGCAACUGAAGAGCCAAAGUGUCGCUGCACGCCAGGAAGCGGUCAUCUCCUUGGGUGUGCUGGGGGUCCGCAGCCCACGGGUGUACCACUUACUCCUGGACAUGCUCGAUGCAGAAAAGAGCCAGGAGUUGAGAGAUCAUCUAAAGAAGACAUUAAUCCUUUUGGCCUCAAGUAACCCCUGGAUCCGAAAAAGGCUGAAGAACAAGGUUCUCUUUGUACAUGAGGAGCCUCCGACCACUGUGAAACCAGAGCCUACGAGGUUCCGGACAGAGCCCGAGAGCCCUGAGGAGUUAAAUAUCCAAGACUUCCAACUUGUGCAGCUGAGACCUUUUUUUAUUGCCCAGUCCAGCACCAAGAUGGACCAACAGACAGAGCUGACGGCCCACGGCAGGUCUGACCCACACUUCACCAUCAGCCCCGAUGCUGUCCCAUCCCGUUUCUCUAAAGCAGUAAAAGAUCUACUACAGGCUAACGGGCCCUGUGAGCCACAGCUCAGGAGACAACCCCGGAAGCUUGUUAAAACCUCCAAACAGAUCACAUCUGCAUGCCGAACUUUCACUGAUAAAGCAAUCCAUACCCUUUUUCCAUGAAUAAAUGUGCUGCCCCAC